AUGGCGAAAAAUACUUCUAGCAUCGUGGAUUUGGAGACUCAGAUGGCAGAGGUUCAAUUGAAGCUCGAUACUCAGUAUCAAGAUCUGAAGGAAGCCAUUUGUGCUUUGGCGGCUACAACGAAGGAUAAUAUUGACACUCUGGCGGCUUCCAUCGCUAGGGUGCGGCAAAGUUGUUGGUUCCCUCGCCGCCGCAUGCCAAUACAAAUCAUUUCUCCGAGCACCAACACUUUCGUCACCAGCAGCGUCGGUCGUCGAUUAUCGAUCACUAUCCCUGCCUUGAGUUUUCUUCCUUCUUCGGGUUAG